AGCUUUAUGAUGUAAUACGCUAGAAAGUUCCCGGAUAAUAAGUACAGUACGAAGGUCAGUAGCGUACAGACAGAGUGAAUUACUUUAUAGUAGUGCUAAAAGAACAAAACUUUCAGCAAGUCUCGGAUCUUUUCUGGUAUUCGACCUAAAAACGCAACAUGCCAAGAGGAAGCCGAAGCAGAACUUCGAGGAUGAGUCCUCCAAGUUACUCCUCACCAUCACCUCCACCAAUGGCUAGAGCAGCUCCUCCACGAUCAUACGCACCAGCGCCUGCACCCCCUCCACCAUCGGCCGUGGCCGCUCCUGCUGCUGCUCCCCGCCAGCCGGGAAUGUUCGCUCAGAUGGCGUCCACUGCGGCGGGCGUUGCGGUCGGCUCUGCUGUCGGACACACGAUAGGUCACGCCAUGACCGGCGGCUUCGGUGGAGGUGGACACUCAGAAGCUGCCAGGCCUGAUGUAACCUACCAGGAGCCCUACCAGGGUCAGCCCAUGUACCAGCAGCAGCCUUCGAUGUACCAGCAGCAGCCGUCAAUGUACCAGCAGCAGGAACAGAGUCCCUGUGCAUACGAGCUGAAGCAGUUUAUUGAAUGCGCUCAGACACAGAGCGACCUCAAACUCUGUGAGGGCUUCAGCGAAGUACUUAAACAAUGCAAAUUCUCCAAUGGACUGUCAUGAGGUUUGGAUUGGAGACAUGAACACAACCCUAUUCCAUAACCAUUCAACAUCUGCUCGUUUCUGUAAAACGUUUCCUCUUAAAAAUGCAUCUCAAUCAGAUAUUAGAACCUAUGUGAAAAAUAAAAGCAGUGAUUUGGAAGAAAUGCUGUGUAACAUUAUGUGAUGCAUAGUAUUUAUGUAUUUGGUGUAGAUCUUUUUUUUUCUUCUGGCGUUACUGUAGAAGAGAUCACUGUAUUUCUCUGCAGAAGGAUUUAUGAUCAUAUUGAAAAUGUUUAAUUGAAAUUAUGUUAUCUUGAAUAGUGAAUAAAAGGAUCAGAAACA